AAGACACAAGACAGUAAAAAUAGAAGCAGAUAUGGUGCACCUCGUGAAGAACAUGCGUAGAUGCCCCUAAAGCUUCUUCACAAACAGACAGCUGAAAUACAGACUGAUAAAAAUGUCAGACAAUGAAAAUUGUACAGGAGAGCUUGUAGGUAUGUCACUGACAUCAAUAGGACUGGUUAUAUCAGUAUCUUUAAAUAUACUUCUGUAUACAUUGAGAAGAAGAGAGAGACAGAACAGAGAUGUGGAGGAGCCAUUGUACCGAGACUAUUUUCAUGGCGACAGAUUUGAAGAUGAAGCGGUCAAUCAGGAUAAUCCUAUUUAUGGAAACAUCUGUAUGGAAGGAGGAGGUAGGGAAAACGAGUAUCCAGGCGAACCGAGGACAAAUCAAAGUGUAAGACAAGAUGAACAGGAUGACUCAGCCGACGUCUCCUAUGCCUCUCUGGACUUAACUGUGGCUCAGAAGCGAAAAAAGAAGAGAAAGUACCAGCAGAAACAGAGCCAGACCCAUCAGGCCCAGACCCAUUCUGCACCCAUGGCCCAGCAGAGCUGCCUGGAGACGGGCUCAGACUGCGAGGUGGCCCUCCCGUCCCGCUCCAGCAGCCUCAUGGUGUCCCGCAACAGCAUCUACCUCAACAGCCAUCAAGUAGCACUGGAGACAGAGGAGCUGGAGAGAGAACGAAAGAGGGAGAGACAAAGCAAUCGAGCCAGAGAGAUGGAGAUAAGGAAUAUUUACCGUGACUUUGAUCACAGCCUUGGACAAUCAGAUCUGAGGCAUGAGGACGACGUCUAGAGGCCAAAGCAAAUGGCAAAAGUCUGAAAGUGUUCAGAAACUGUCGUACUGUUCGGAUUCAGGAGUUUAGGUUUGCUUUUAUGUUGCUAAUUAUUUUAUUUUUCACAUAUUUCUUACAGCGUCAUAGAAAUAUUUAUAAUUAUUGUAACUGUAACUCAAUUUGUACAAAUUUUCAUUAAAUUGCAUUUACUAUU